GCUGUGUUUUUUUUUCAUGAAGCUUAUUUAUCAACAAUGACAAACUUUAUUGGCAUGAGAAUGAAUAAAUAAAUAAAUAAAUAAAUAAAUAAAUAAUUAAAUAAAUAGAGAAUUGUUAAAUAAAUAAUAACAAAUUCAAAAAUCUAUAUAACAAAACAACAAUGGCAGCAUUGAUGAAAAAACGAGUAUUGGCAGAAUUAAAUCAAAGCCAGGUGAUAACAGUUGAGCCUCCUUUGAAACGUUUGAAAUCCCUACGUUUAUUGUCAAGUGGAAAAAACGGUUCAGGAACAGAUGGUAGUUCAGCUUUGGCAUAUGUUGAAGUAUUAGAAAAAUGUAAAGGUGGUAAUGAUGCAUUACAAUUAUUGGUACGUUUAUCAGAUACAUUAUCGAAAAUGUCAUCAGAUGAUGUGCCAUUGACAGUAACAAAACUCAUUGAAAGAUUCAAUUUAGAAAGUGAAGCAGCAGUUAGAGCUAAAAUUCUUUGGGUACUUGCUGAACUUGGUGAUGUUACAGUUGAUGUAGCUGAAAAAAUUCGUAUUAUUGAUAAAACAUCAUCUCUAUUAGACAAUGAAGAAUCUCAUCGUGUUAAAAGUCAAGGUUUAUCAACAUUAUUAAAACUUGGUGAUCAUCAUAAAGAAACAGUACUUAAAAUAGCACGUAAACAUCUUCAUGAUACUUGGCAUGGUGUACAAACACGUUGUUUAUCAAUAAUUGGUAGAUAUUUAUCACCAAAUAAUGCUGAUGAUACAUUAUUACUUGUUGUUAAUUAUGCAAAUUCACAAGAUCCACGUGUACGUGCAAGUGCAUUUGAAACAAUGGCAGAAUUACAUACUGAACGUAGAUGUCGUUUAGCUAAAAAUUUUUUUGUUAAAGUAUGUAAUGCAUUACGUGAUGAUUAUGAAAUAGUAAGACGUGCUGUAUUAAAAUUAAUAUGGAUACUUGGUAAUGAAUAUCCAGAUGAUAUUAUUGGACAAGAUGGUGAUGAAUCAAUACGUAUGAUUGAUUGUGUAUUUUCAAAAAUAUGUGGUUUAAUGGGUGAUUUAUCACCACGUGUACGUGCAUCAGCAAUGACAUUAAUGGGUACAAUGAAAGGUGUUAGUAAAAGAUAUAUUGAACAGGCACUUGAUAAAAAACAAAAAAAAGUUGAAGAUGAAACAUCAGAAAUUGAAGAACGUAGUGGUUCAUGUGGUGCAUUUAUACAUGGUUUAGAGGAUGAAUUUCUUGAAGUUAGAACAGCUGCUGUUGAAUCAUUAUGUAAUUUAUCAUUGGAACAACCAAGUAUUGCUAGAAUAACAUUAGAUUUUAUGGUUGAUAUGUUUAAUGAUGAAAUACAAGACGUUAGAAUACGUGCUAUUGAAUCAUUAAGAAAAAUGUCAGCAAGUGUUACACUUCAAGAAGAUCAACUUGAAACAAUAUUAUGUGCAUUAGAAGAUUAUUCAGAUGAAGUACGUGAAGGACUUCAUGCAACACUUGCUGCAAGUAAAUUAGCAACAAGAAAUUGUUUACAUAUGUGUGUUAAUCGUUUGAUUGAUAAUUUAAUAAGAUAUCCACAAGAUAAAGAUAGUAUACGUAGUUGUUUAGCUGCACUUGGUGCAUCACAUCCAUAUUUAACACUACCACUUGUACCACAAUUACUUGGUCGACAUCCAUUUUUUGAUACACCAGAGCCAGAUGUUGAUGAUCCAUCAUAUUCAAGUGUACUUGUACUUAUAUUUAAUGCAGCAUUUCAUUGUCCAAGUAUGCAUGCAUUAUUUUCAGAACAUGCAGCAAAACAUUAUCAUUAUUUACGUGAUACAAUGCCACAACUUGUACCAAGAUUAAGACCAGUAUUAAUACAAAAAACAAUUAAUGGAAAUAACGAUAAUAACCAUAAUAAUAACAGUAAUAAUAAUGAUGAUGAGGAUGACGAUGAAGAAAAUCGUGAUAAAAGAAGUAGAGAAUUUUUAGAAAGAAUGGUUGUUGGUGUUGAAAAUUCAAGACCAGGUAGUAAAGUUUAUAUACAACUUCUUGAAGCAGCAGCUGUUGAUCUUGAUAGACUUGCUGAGAUGGAUAAUAGAAUGGAAGGAGCUGCUCAUUUUACAGCUCUUUAUGUUAGAUGUUUAUUAUUAUUACGUUCAAGUAUCAAAGACAUAACACAAACACAAUCUGAUGUUACGUCAAAAAAUUUUACUUCAUCAGUUAAUAGUAAUAUUGCAACUUUAUUAAAAUCAUCUCAACAACUUCAACAUCUUUUUACUGGUCUUGAUGAUAAUGAUAUGACACUUGCAACUGAUGUUUGGCUUAAAGCACUUGCUGUUGAACUUAUUAGAGUUACUAAAAGUGCAACAGGAAGUGCAUUACCAUUGGCUAGACAUUUUUUAUCAGAAGCUGAUUCAUUGCCACAAGAUACAUCAAAAUUACCACCAUUUUCACGUGCUCUUGUUUUACAAAUACCAUCACUUGGUGAAGCUAAACCUGGUUCAUUAUCUAAAUUACUUUUACCAUUAUUAACAACACCACUUGCACGUGGUGAUGAAAAAUUACCAAGACCAUCAGCUAAAACAAGAUUAUGUCGUGCAAUUAUUGAAGAACCACGUAAUGAUGCUGAUACAUCAUUAAAAUUUACUGGUGGUUUACUUCUUGGUAUACCAUUAACAGCAAAAAUAUUAAAUUUACGAGAUCCAAGUACAAUUAGAAUUAAAUUACGACAUCCAGAUCAACAAGUACAACUUUUAUUACCUGGAAAAGCUGAUUUACGUCCACAAAAUUCAAAUAGCUCAGAUUAUAGAUUAAAAACAACUGUUUUAUUGUCACAUCAAGUUUGGAUGGAAUCUUGUAAUGUUGAAGUAUCAAUUGCAUUAUUAGUACCAUCAACUUCAACAUGUUUACACUCAUCAAAUGAUGAUCCAUGUGUUCUUGAUCUUUGUAAACCAACAAAAGUAUCAAUUGCACCAAAACCAAUUAAACGAGGAUUAUAAUAUUAAUACUGUAUCUAUAUUGCUUUUAAAUUUCAUCAUAUAUAUAUUAUUAUAUAAUUAUGACAUAAAAAAAAUAAUUUUCAAAUAAAUAUUUUAAUAAUUUUAAAUUAA